AUGCCAGGGCGUAAUUAUUCUGGCGGCGGUGGAUUCCACCAUCAAAGCGGUACUUUGGCCAGGAGUUUCGGCCAUGUUGUAAACAGCAGGGAGUACCCUUUCCCACAGAAGAGGGAAAUCAGGGAGAAUCCAGAGAGAGCAGUUAAUUCCUAUUUAGCAGAGGAUGAAAACUUUCCUUCCUUCCGAGCGCAGCUGGCUAGGAUGGGUCUUCAGCUCAGAGACAUUCCGGCAGAUGGGAACUGCCUAUUUCGUGCAUUGGGCGACCAACUGGAGGGACAUUGCAGAAAUCACUUCAAACACAGAGCUGAGGUUGUGAAUUACAUCAAGUCGCACAGACAUGAUUUUGAGCCAUUUGUCGAAGAUGACGUGUCUUUUGACGAGCAUGUUAAAGCACUGCAGAAGCUGGGGACACACGCUGGCAAUGAUGCCAUUGUGGCUUUUGCAAAACUUCACAAUGUCAACGUGGUCAUUCAUCAGCUCAGAGGCAGGCCCAUACUGAUACAAGGUCCCAUGACCAGCACUGAAAGUGUACCCCAGCUUCAUUUAGCAUACCAUAACGGCCAACAUUACAGCAGUGUUCGUCGACUCAAUGACAACACCGAGUCUCCGGCAAAAGUCUCCUUGCAGUCCCUAACAGCAGAAAUCAGAACUACGCCCAGAAACGACAGGCCGGCACCUGUUGCUGGAGUGGUCAGUGCUAAGCGAGGGCUGGAGGACAUUGAAGCAGGUGUGGCUUUGGCUACUAGUUGUAUGGAUAUGGAGAGAAUCAGGCAGGUUCUCUUAGAGCAUGACUACGAUGUGGAUGCCUCCAUUGCUGACUUACUGCAGCAGAUAAAACUUGGAAAUAAUGGCUUUCCCG